CACUUCCGACUCUUCCGGCAACUUCCUCAUCUGGUCAUAUGGCAAAUCACUAUUAUUUGGACCGUCCGAGCUAUCCUGCAACGUCGUAGAAAAAUAAAAGAAAAAUUUUCUCCCGCAGGAUGCUUAUAAAUUCAAGGUAGCCCCGCCUUUGCUGAAGAGUAGGAGUUGUAACCUGUUAGCAGUGUUCUUUCCCUCCUUUUCUCUAAGCUUGCACUAUCCUUAGUUCCCUUCCCCUCUAGAGAGAAACAUCCCCCCGGUCUUCUACAACCUAGAGCACUCACCAGCAUCACGAUGACGGAAACCCAGACCGUGUUGGCGUCGCAUCACUCCGGGCGAAGCUCCGAUAGCUCGGUGGAUGUUGUUGCGAACGAGAAGCAAAAGAUCGCGGAAACUAGUCUGUCACAAACCGGAGCUCACAGCCUUCCAGAUUUGCAAAAUUCAGCCUCUCCAAAGCGAUGGAAAACGUUCUGGAGAUCUUUCCGAUAUCUCCAGAACCUUACUCCAAAACAGAUCGAUGACUUCAUGGCGUCUUAUGUCAUCUACAACCUAGAUUGGUCCAACGAGCAGCAGAUGGUGGAGGUUCUAGGUCCGGAUUAUCAAGCCAAAGUCGGAGACUGCCUUAGGGCAUACUACGGCGUACUCAACCACCUGUGCGCCCUAGGUGAUGUGGAAAAGAUGUACAUUCCGCCCUUUAUGAGCAGCAAAGCAACCGUCCGCGAGAACCAAUUGCUAUACGAAGAAUCAAUUGCGCAGGAUAUCGGUCUCAGCGCCGGAGACCGAGUGUUGGAUUUGGGUUGCGGUCGCGGCCGGGUAGCCGCGCACAUGACGCAAUACUCCGGAGCCCAAGUCACGGGCUUGAACAUCGAUCCCAACCAAAUCGCACAGGCAAGGGCCUUCAACGAGAAGUUGGGCUUCUCAUCCAAUUCGUUCGUCGUCCAAGAUUUCAAUACCCUGCCCCUGCCCUUCGCCGACAACAGCUUCGAUGCCUUUUACCAGAUCCAGGCCCUGAGCCUAUGCAAGGACCUUCCCGCCCUCUUCCGCGAGAUAUACCGUGUAGUCAAACCGGGAGCCAGGAUUUCCCUGCUCGACUGGGCUAGCCUGCCCGAUUACGAUGCCUCGAAUCCCGAGCAUGCCGAGCUCAUGCGUCGUGUAAAGCCACUCAUUGGCGCCGUUGGCACCCCCACCCCAGAAAGUCUAGAGACAGCUCUGAUGGGCGCUGGAUUCACUGUGCUGCGCUCGGAUAACGCCAGCAUCGACGGCUUGCAGGCUCCAUUAAUUGACAAAGUUGACUUCUACUUCCGCUCUAUGCGCCAGGUUAUUUUGGGGCUUGUCAAAACCCACGUGCUUCCCCGCCAUUUCAAGACCCUCAUCAACCGACUGUGUCUCGACGGACAGGCAUUUGUUAAGAUGGAUACCAUGCGGCUGGCCACUACCAGCUACCGUAUUAUCGCUCAAAAGCCCCAGCAAUAAGCGCCAUUCGCUUGGGACAGGGCUGUGGGGUGGGGGCCGGCAGAGCUUGCCAUGUUGUCAUGGAGCUUCUCGGGUGGUGAGGGUGUGCCCUCCACUGCUGAUCCCUCAACGCCCCUGAGAUUGGACACAUCUCCACCACUCUCUUUUGCUCUGGGAGCAGAAGGGUCAAUUUCGCGGCCUGGAGCCGCCAUCAUUAUCUGGGAGUUCCUGAUGUGG